AUGCUUCUGAUUAUUUUUCUGUUUCCUUUGGUCACUUUGGCCCAAUGGGGAACUCCCCCACCAAUUGUCACCAACGAACAGUGCCAACAGGAGUUUCAGCUCAUUGUGAAUUGUUCAAAGGUCCGUAAAAAUCAGAGUGCACCACAUUUAAUCAUGAAUUCCCAGUAUCUCCAGUAUUUUUCCGAUAUUGAAAACUCUCCUAAAUUUGAUUUUACGUGGGAUCAAGCUAUUAUUGAUGAUAUCGAGUUUGUACUAGGCUGCUCAGGUAAACUAUCCUGCAACAGCUCCCGAAUCUAUCAAUCUUGGCUCUACAAUCAGAAAUGGAUUCUAAAGCAAAUACAUGGAAAUUUGUCUUUAUGUGUUGGAAUCGACACGUGGGAUGAGAUGAGAAUUUGCCGAGUGGAAGUGGAACUUCUACCAGAUCUGGAAGGAGUUCCAGAUGCGGUGAAGCUCAUCUGCAACAGAAUUGAUUCCGCGUUUCCGUGUGCUUGGGGGAUUGUCGAGAAACUAGAACAUUGCAACUAUCAGGAAAGAAAUCUGUUCAAAAAGGUUUGGAGAGCAUUCCGAUCAAGCUGUGCAAUGUGGAAUCAAUUUCUCGUAGAAGCAAAUCAUUAUAAUGUCUCUAUUGCCUGAUUUCUUUUGAACUUGUGAAACAAUACAAAUUGAAUAGUCAAAAUAUUUACGUGGUCUUUCUAGUUAGUUUUGCGAUUUUAUUCAUUCAUUUGAAGUUCCAUUUCAAACACGUGGAUCUCUAUCCCACAACAAUCAUGAAACGCGGAAUGGUACGACUUUUCAGAUUACCUGUUUAGAAUCCUUAAUUUCAGGUUUGUGAUCUGAUUCUCCUGCAUCUAGUAGUUUUGCUCCAACUCGGGGUUGCUACAAACGCUUAUAAAACAAGUUAGCCAACGCAUUUCAGUGAACCUACGUCACUUUUUUUCAGCGAAUCCUGACCCAAUUGUGUGCAGUAUGAGAAACAUGUCCCUGGUUGAGAAGGACACCAAAACGAUCAGCUACGAGUGGCCGGAGGAAUGCGAAGUUUUCCGAGGAAUCUUGCACUUGCAUCUGAUCGACUUGUCCUCUGCAAGCUUCAUUAACUUGGUAAGAAAGCAGAAAAGUUUGAUUGAUACCAUUUGAAAUUGCAGCGGAAAAUUGAGGGAAGACUGUUAGUCAUCAGCACUGAUCUGCAAGCGCUUCCCAGAAUGCCAAAUUUGACGACGAUUGAGUCGAUCAGUGGAUUGCCGGGUGUGACGAUUCUGAACAAUGGACAGUUGCGAGACAUUAGGGGUCUGGUGAACUAUCAAAAGGAAGUGAGGGUCUACGGAUCGGCGAUGCCAGUGUUUAUCUCUGGUAAUCCUUUCCUGGACACUAUUAAUUACCCGAAACUGUUCCACAAACCGAUAUCUCCAAUUUCUUGUGAAAAGCGAUUGACUCCCAAUUACAACAUUGUAUUUGCUGAAGGUACAGUAACCUUCUCCUUAUUUCCUUUCCAAUGGAUUCCGGUAUUACAGCACAGUCCUUGGGUGUUGUCAUCCUCACUCUUCUUCUUUCCAUUACCACCUUCCUGUAUCCAUUGAGUAUGGGAAAUGCGGUAAACACAAUUCACAUUCUGACUCGAAACAUAUUGCUUCCAGAACAUCUACUUCGUUCCCGGCUAUCACAAAGCGUAA